AUGAGGACGGAUAUUGACCAUUACAUCAACCAUGUUUUUCGUUGCCUGAAACAAAAGAAACUAAGUGCCAACACCAGAGAACAACAACAGUCAUUCACCUCGACAGCUCCAUUCGAAUUGAUAUCCAUAGAUUUCGUACAUCUGGAACGCAGUUCGGGAGGGUAUGAUAUGAGUGCAUACUUGUUAUAGUCGACCACUUCACUCAGGCCUACCCAACUCGAAAUAAGUCAGCCCACACCGCUGCUGAAAAAAUCUACAACGAGUUUAUUCCACGCUUUGGUUACCCCUCUCGAAUCCAUCAUGAUCAAGGUGGAGCCGGAGUUUGAAAACAAUACAAAACGAACUGGAAGGACCGUGUUAAUAAACUAAUUCAUGUUCACAACUGUACGAGACACGAGGCUACCGGGUAUUCUCCUUUCUUGCUACUAUUCGGUAGGACGUCACGUCUCCCAGUUGAUCUCAUGUUCCACUUGCCAGAGAAACAAGAAGUAACGGGAUAUCCAGUCUACGUAAGAAAAUGGAAGACAGCGAUGCAGGAAGCAUACAAGCGAGCUUCAGCAAGCCGCGGUGAAGGAGAUGAAGCAAAGCAACAAAGAAUUCGAUCAACAGGUGAUCGCGUACUGAUGAGAAACCUCACUCCACGCGAAGGUCCAGGAAAACUUUGA